UGCUGAAUGUCCUGUGUAAAAGUAUGGGGUGAAGCUGGAGGAUGCUGUUUAUGGUCAUCAACGGAUUAGAUGUUAAUGUCAUAGGACGCCACGAGGGACAACGCUCUGGGCUGUGAUUCAUCCUGUAACAUCAGAACAUGGAACCAAUCAGUGCAGACGUCGGGAGGUAAGGGGGGUGGGUAGUCUAUAUAGGUGUGGAGUUAGGACCUAAAUUGGAUCAGAGACCAGUCUGGCCCAAGGACAUGAAACUCAUGAUCUCUCUAGGAAUCAUCUUGGGAAUGAUGACCUAUACCUCCACUCUACCUAUCCAGGUAAGUGCUGAAUUUAGUUUAUAAUUAAUCUUACCUUAGUGGUGCUCUCUCACAUAAUACUUUCUGAAAUUAACAUUUCUUCCACAGAAUUCAUCAGUGAUACAAGAAAUGAAAAGGUUGAAAAGAGGAAACUCAGAGGUGCUUAGGGCUCCAGAGGAAAUGAAUGCAAUGGACAGGAUCCUGAGAACCAAUGGGAGGCUGGGCAGCUCUAGAGCCCGAGGCCUGUCCUUCAGGGAAGGAGACAUUGCCAGCUCCUACCACAUACAGAGCCGCAGCGCCAUAACCUGCCCUGGUAACACCUGCCUCUGGCCCAAGUCAGUGGAUGGAUCUGUCUAUGUUCCCUACAUUAUCUCUCCACAAUAUGGCACGUAUCUGUACAUUCUGUACUUUCUGAUUCUAGAACUUUACAUUUCUCUGCUUUGUCUCAUGUAUCUAUGACUCAUUGUGAGCUGAUCUUCACAGUAUGGCAGGUAGCAGGUAGUAGGUGUAUUAGGUAGCUAUCACCAAAUUGUAAAGUUAGACUCAUGAAAAUGACUCUUGUCAUAUUUCAGCUUUUAUCUUUUGAUUCUACAUGACACAUCGUGAACUGAUCAACACUGACUUCACACUUUUAAUGCCAAUUCGUUUGUGCUUUAGUGACAGUUGGAGUUUAAUUUUGAUUGACAGAUGACAUGGAUAGAAUCACCAUAGAGAUGGGAAUGCUGGACAUCUUACUUGAAACGUGUGUGAAGUUUGUUCCUCGCAGCCACGAAACCAACUUCCUGGAUAUACAGCCCAGGUUUGGUUGCUGGUCAUUCCUGGGUAUGACUGAAGGCCCUCAGCCCAUCUCCCUGCAGUCCCCUGGGUGCAUGUGGUCUGGCAUCGUCUCCCAUGAACUCAUGCACGCUCUGGGCUUUGUGCACGAACAGUCCCGCUCUGACCGGGAUCGCCAUGUUUCUAUCAUAUGGGAAAACAUCAGGAAGGGUCAGAAGCAUAACUUUAAGAAGUACCAGACCAACAACCUCAAUACUGUCUAUGAUUACGGCUCCAUCAUGCACUAUGGCAGGUAUGCCUUCUCAGAGGACGGUAGCCCAACCAUCAUCCCCAAACCAGAUCCCAACACUCCUAUUGGUCAGCGAGAUGGACCCAGUGUUCUGGACAUACAGAAGAUAAACCUACUGUAUGAAUGUGGUGGCCUGGUGUAACUCCGAUGAAGAACUGUCAGCGUAGACCACGAUCCGCUUACAAACUGAUGGAACAAGUCAUAUCGCAUUUUUACUGAUACAUAUUUGAAUCAUGUUUAUGAAACUUAAGAUCGAGACAUGUCAAUAAAGUCUGUUAUAAGUGUUGUA